AUGGCUGAAGCUGAAGAGGAGGACGAUCUUGAGGUUCCCCUCGAGUUCAUCUGUCCCUUAUCCGAUGACAUAAUGCGCGAUCCGGUGAUCAUCGCGUCGGGACUUAGCUACGAGCGCGAUCUGAUCAAGGUAUGGUUCGCAGCAGGCCGGCGCGUCUGCCCGAAAAGCGGCAUGAAACUCGACCACACCGAGUUCUUCCCCAACGUGGCUCUUAAAGCCCUCAUCGCCGAAUGGUGCGAGAAGCACGACCUCGAUCUCGCGCCUCUCCCGGAAGGCCUCGAGGAGGAACUUGCCGCGCAAGUUCGCGCGCAAGACGAGGAACCGUCUCCGACGUCCUCUAGCCGCGGCAGCCCGGGAAGGAGAGGCGGGGGGGGCGCAGGAGGUUACAGGGAUGGCCCGAGACGGGGCCGACCUGGAGAUGACUAUGAUGACGCGGACGAAUCUCAGCCGUAUGUGCAGCGGUCUGCUAGCGCGGGGAGCGGGAGGCGGAGGGGACCGGGGGAUCGAGAUCGGGACGACGAUAGCGGGUCUGAUAGGGGGAGUGGGCGGACUGGAUCUCGUACGCGAGAGGCUUAUAGCGAGGACGAGGACCGGCGGGGCAGGGGGAGUGGCGGGGGAAGGGGGGGCGGCGGAGGUAGUCGGCUGCAGCCGCGGAGUGAGGAGGAGCGGAGAGCGCGCACAGGGCGUGUGGCGGCGCAGCUGUUGUCGCGGCAACGGGGGAGAGGGGGAGGGGGAAGCGCGGGAGGAGGCACCGCGCGGGAACGAGGGAAGGAUGGUUAUAGAGACCGGGAGCGGGAUAGCGAUUCGGAUAGGGACGGGGAAGGACACCGCGAUCGAAACAGGGAUGGGUACAGGGACAGAGAUCGAGACAGGGACCGGGACAGAGAUAGAGCGAGGGAACCGGAUAGAGACAGGGAUCGAGAGAGGGAUAGGGAUAGGGACAGGGACAGGUACGGAGAGAGGGACAGGGAGAGAGGAGGGGAGCGAGAGAGGGGCAGGGGAAGGGAUGAUGACAGCACGUAUUCACCUAGGCGGCCUCCUUCGGACCGAGGGGGGAGAGGAGGCGGGAGAGGCGUGGGAAGGGCUGGGCCACGAGUAGCAGGGAGAGGCGAUAGGGAUGUGGGGAGAACGGGGAGAAAAGAGGCAGAGGAGAAACCAGGGGAGAUAGCGGAAGCUUCGGGGAAAGAAGCGGCUGCUGUGGAGGGCACAGGUGAAGCAGCAGCAGCAGCAGCAGGGGAGGGUGCAGCAGGGGAAGGGACAGCAGCAGCAGCAACAGCAGCAGCGGAAGGGGGCGCAGGAGACGCAGAGGGGGGAGCAGGGAAAGCGAAAGGUGAAGGCGCGGACGCAGCGGGCGCAGCGGAGGGGGGCGGAGCGGAAGGGGAAGCAGCGGGUCCGGAAGCAUGGGCGGACAGGAGAACGAUGAGCCUAGACGAGCGGACGAGAGAAGGGCAGGAACCGCCAGGGUCCCCUGCCGGUAGCUCGUCAUUCGAGCGCCAGCUCACCUCCCCUGCCAACCCCUCGGCUGCAGGAGCUAAGGAGGGCAGCGGGUCAAGGCACAGAGGUUCAGGCGCUGCUUCGUCUCCUCUUAGAAAGCCCAGUAGUGGGGCUGGUGCGAGAAACCUGCCGCCCCAGCCUCGGCCAACCAGGGAUAAAACGCGGCUAGGGGGUGCCGGUGGGGCCACGGGCAGUGGGAAGGACAGGACUGGUAGCAGCAGCAUCACGGCUAGUUCGCCUAGGUCUCGCCCGCCACUGUCCUCCCCUUCGUCCACGUCAUCGUCGUCUCCUAGACCAUCCCUCUCGUCCUCGUCUCGAUCGAUGCGGACGAUAGACGACAUGCUAGAUGCGAUCGAUCGCGGCUCGUCGGCUGACCGGGAAGAAGGGAUCAUGCGGCUCCGGUCUGCCCUGAAAGAAAGCUCCGAGGCGCGGCGGCGCGUGGUGAACCGGUCCGAUGGGGUUCCAAUUCUGGUAGAUCUUGUGGAGGAUGCAUCCGCGUUAGUAGCAUCUGGGAGUGACGGAGCGAGCAGAGAGAGCCGAAUGGAUGCUCCAGCAGUGCUAGACUGUGCUGUAUCGGUGAUAUUACAGCUGACACAGUCUUACGACGGGGCGCUAGAGGUGGUUGAUGUUGGGGGCGUGGGGGUUCUCGUGGAUUUAGUGGAUGGGAAGUGCAGAAAAAAGGGUGGAGGGAGGGACGGUGGCAGCCCGAAAGGCGAUGGCGACGGUGCCGCGAGCAAGUUUUCGGAGUCGGUGCGUUCGAACGCAGCGGCGGCGCUGUUUGCGAUUGCUACGUGUGACGAUGAUGAUAAGGAGGAUGAGGACGGGAGGCGGAGGAGGAGCAGCAGAUACCGGAACAAGAUUCUCCGAUGUGGCGGCAUCCCUCCGUUGCUCAAGCUGCUUAAGUUAGAAGCGGCGCGGUGCCGGAAAGACGCGGCUCUCGCGCUCUUUGCCCUCUCAGACGACCCGGACUGUGCCGAUGAGAUAAUCCGGGAGGGCGGGGUGAGCGUGCUGGUGGAUUCUCUGUCAGACAAGCGGCCGGGGGUGGAAGAAAAGGCCAUGGCUGUGUUGGCGAAUCUGGUGAAGUCCAAGGAGGGACAGGCAGCUUUGCUAGAGGUGGAGGGGACACUGGUGAUGUUGGAUGUGCUGGAGAGUGAGUCGGAACGUGCGCAGGAAGAGGCGCUGUUUGCGCUGUACCAUCUGGUUACCACCGGAGUGGUUACGCCUGCGUUUUUGCUGAAUGACGGGGCGUUGUUUCCGGUGGCGAAGAUGGCUGCUAAGAAAGGGUCACCGCCCGAAGCUCUGGAGCUGCAUAAGAUUCUCACAGCGGCAAGGAAGAGUGUGAUUGUGGGGAAGGUCACGGCAGGACAGAAUGUGUUAGUGAGGGUGCGUCACCUGAUGGACGAGCGCAAGGAGCGCUGUGUGGUGAAGAGCGGUCCGCAGUCACUCGCUCUCGCAGGCAAACAGUUCACCUUCGACCAUGUGGCCGGGGAAACUGCCUCGCAGGUGGGCACAGGGAUGGGAGCUCUUGAAGAGAAUGGAAGCGUUGAGAGGGGGAAGCAGAGAGCGCACUGCAGGCAUGUGAAGGAUGUUCCCCCUCCCCCUCCCCCUCCCCCUCCACCUCCCCCUCGCUUGCCAAAUCAACCAGUUCAGUUGGCUGAUUUUGAGGCGCCUCACAGGCCCGCUCCCCCUACUUUUUCCCCCCACCCUCCCCCUUCCCCUCUCCUCUUUUUCCUCUCCAACCUGCCCCCACAGGAGGAGCUGUUUGAGCUGGCAGGGCGGCCCAUGGUGGACAACUGCAUUGCCGGUUACAACAGCACAAUAUUCGCCUAUGGCCAGUGCGCCCUCUCCUCCCCUCUGUGCCCAAGUGCGCCCUCUCCUCCCCUCUGUGCCCAAGUGCGCCCUCUCCUCCCCUCUGUGCCCAAGUGCGCCCUCUCCUCCCCUCUGUGCCCAACAUCAGCUGUCAUCCCGUUCUUCUUUCUCCUAUCGCUCCUGUGCAUCCUCUUGUCCCUGCCCCCGUUCUUGAGCAUUGACAACCUUGACGCAGUCUUAACCAUACCUACUUUUUCCUCCUCAACAAUACACUCUCCUUCUCCUCCCUUCGUUUGCCCACUCCCUCUACCUUGUGACGCAUCGCAGACGGGUAGCGGGAAGACGUACACGAUGUUUGGAGCUGACGUGGACACGGCUGACGUGGAACGGAUGCGAGUGGAGGCUGACGUGGAGGUUGGGACGAGAUGGGGGAUGAUCCCGCGCAUGUGUCACCUGCUCUUUACCCAGCUAAAACAGGAGAAGCAGCGGAGGGGUGAGAGCUUUGCCUUCACAUGCACGUGCUCAUAUCUUGAGAUAUACAACGACAAGUUGUCUGACCUGCUCAACCCCAACCCCGACCCCAAUCUUGGCAAACUGGAGCAGAAUAUCGUGCUUGGCGAGCCUCCCUCCCUCCCCAACCCCGUCAAUUCUUUGUGGGCUCUAGUGAAAUCUCGCUGUUCCCUCCCAUGUCUCCCUCAGAUUCGAAAGGGCACCGACGAUGUGUUUGUGGAUAACCUCACCCAACAUCCAGUCGUGUGCUUCGCUCAAGUCAUGGAGCUUAUCCAGCGGUGCCACAAAAGUCGACUCCACCUCGUUGACCUGGCAGGCUCUGAAAGUCACCCCAUGGGGCACUCAAUCACCCCAUGGGGCACUCAAUCACCUCAUGGGGCACUCAAUCACCCCAUGGGGCACUCCAUCACCCCAUGGGGCACUCAAUUACCCCAUGGGGCACUCAAUCACCCCAUGGGGCACUCAAUCACCCCAUCGGGCACUCAAUCACCCUAUGGGGCACUCAAUCACCCCAUGGGCAAUCACCCCAUGGGGCACUCAAUCACCCCAUGGGGCACUCAAUCACCCCAUGGGGCACUCAAUCACCCCAUGGGGCACUCAAUCAAUCACCCCAUGGGGCACUCAAUCACCCCAUGGGGCACUCAAUCACCCCAUGGGGCACUCAGUCACCCCAUGGGGCACUCAAUCACCCCAUGGGGCACUCAAUCACCCCAUGGGGCACUCAAUCACCCCAUGGGGCACUCAAUCACCCCAUGGGGCACUCAAUCACCCCAUGGGGCACUCAAUCACCCCAUGGGGCACUCAAUCACCCCAUGGGGCACUCAAUCACCCCAUGGGGCACUCAAUCACCCCAUGGGGCACUCAAUCACCCCAUGGGGCACUCAAUCACCCCAUGGGGCACUCAAUCACCCCAUGGGGCACUCAAUCACCCCAUGGGGCACUCAAUCACCCCAUGGGGCACUCAGUCACCCCAUGGGGCACUCAAUCACCCCAUGGGGCACUCAAUCACCCCAUGGGGCACUCAAUCACCCCAUGGGGCACUCAAUCACCCCAUGGGGCACUCAAUCACCCCAUGGGGCACUCAAUCACCUCAUGGGGCACUCAAUCACCCCAUGGGGCACUCAGUCACCCCAUGGGGCACUCAAUCACCCCAUGGGGCACUCAAUCACCCCAUGGGGCACUCAAUCACCCCAUGGGGCACUCAAUCACCCCAUGGGGCACUCAAUCACCCCAUGGGGCACUCAAUCACCUCAUGGGGCACUCAAUCACCCCAUGGGGCACUCAGUCACCCCAUGGGGCACUCAAUCACCCCAUGGGGCACUCAAUCACCCCAUGGGGCACUCAAUCACCCCAUGGGGCACUCAAUCACCUCAUGGGGCACUCAAUCACCCCAUGGGGCACUCAGUCACCCCAUGGGGCACUCAAUCACCCCAUGGGGCACUCAAUCACCCCAUGGGGCACUCAAUCACCCCAUGGGGCACUCAAUCACCCCAUGGGGCACUCAAUCACCCCAUGGGGCACUCAAUCACCUCAUGGGGCACUCAAUCACCCCAUGGGGCACUCAGUCACCCCAUAGGGCACUCAAUCACCCCAUGGGGCACUCAAUCACCCCAUGGGGCACUCAAUCACCCCAUGGGGCACUCAAUCACCCCAUGGGGCACUCAAUCACCCCAUGGGGCACUCAAUCACCCCAUGGGGCACUCAAUCACCCCAUGGGGCACUCAAUCACCCCAUGGGGCACUCAAUCACCCCAUGGGGCACUCAGUCACCCCAUGGGGCACUCAAUCACCCCAUGGGGCACUCAAUCACCCCAUGGGGCACUCAAUCACCCCAUGGGGCACUCAAUCACCCCAUGGGGCACUCAAUCACCCCAUGGGGCACUCAAUCACCUCAUGGGGCACUCAAUCACCCCAUGGGGCACUCAGUCACCCCAUGGGGCACUCAAUCACCCCAUGGGGCACUCAAUCACCCCAUGGGGCACUCAAUCACCCCAUGGGGCACUCAAUCACCCCAUGGGGCACUCAAUCACCCCAUGGGGCACUCAAUCACCCCAUGGGGCACUCAAUCACCCCAUGGGGCACUCAAUCACCCCAUGCCACAGCCCCAUGCUAUAUCUUUUGGCCGCCCCAUGCCAUGUCCCUGCAAAAGGAAUCAGGGGCGGAGCGUGAUCGGCUCAAGGAAGCGUGCACCAUCAACUCGUCCCUCUCCUGCCUCGGCAAGGUGAUCAUGCAGCUAGUGGAAUCGCUGAAUGAGAACAAGCCUCGCUACAUUCCGUACCGUGAUUCCCGCCUCACCCGCUUCCUCCAGGUGAACGCUUCUCUUUUUUCUAGGACAUGCGACGCGACCCGCAGCACGCUCGACUUCGCAAAGGGGGUGAAGGAGGUGCGCAACACGGCAGUUGUGAAUGAGGCUGUAGAGAGCCAGCAGGACGACCAGCAAGCAGAGAUCUCCAGGCUCAAGGACGCUGAAGCGGGUAACAGCACCCUCAAUGCCAGCCUGAAUCCUCUUGAACAGGAGGUGAUGGAGCUACAAGGGAGGCUGGUUACGGAGGAGAGGAGGCGGCGUGAGGCAGAGCGGGCGGCGGAAGAUGCGAAAAAAGAGAUGCAGGGGAAAGAAGGGAAGAUUCAAGAGCAAGAAGGGAAGAUUAAGGAGCAGGAAGAGCAGCUUCAGGAGCUUAGAGGGAUGCUCGUCACAGCGGAGGGGAGGAGGCGUGAGGCAGGGCGGGCGGCGGAAGAGACAAAACAAGAGAUGCAGGGGAAGGAAGGGAAGAUUCAAGAGCAGGAAGAGCAGCUUCAAGAGCUUAGAGGGAUGCUGGUUAUAGAGGAGGGGAGGAGGCGUGAGGCAGAGGGGGUGACGGAAGAGGCAAAACAAGAGAUGCAGGGGAAGGAAGGGAAGAUUCAAGAGCAGGAAGAGCAGCUUCAGGAGCUUAGAGGGAUGCUGGUCACAGCGGAGGGGAGGAGGCGCGAGGCAGAGCGGGCGACGGAAGAGGCAAAACAAGAGAUGCAGGGGAAGGAAGGGAAGAUUCAAGAGCAGGAAGAGCAGCUUCAGGAGCUUAGAGGGAUGCUGGUCACAGCGGAGGGGAGGAGGCGCGAGGCAGAGCGGGCGACGGAAGAGGCAAAACAAGAGAUGCAGGGGAAGGAAGGGAAGAUUCAAGAGCAGGAAGAGCAGCUUCAGAAGCUUGGAGGGAGGAUGAUCACAGAAGAGGAGAGGAGGCGCGAGGCAGAGCGGGCGGCAGAAGAGGCAAAACAAGAGAUGCAGGGGAAGGAAGGGAAGAUUCAAGAGCAGGGAGUGAAGCUUCAGGAGCAGGAAGUGAAGCUUCAGGAGCAAGAAGUGAAGCUUCAGGAGCAGGAAGUGAAGAUUCAGGAGCAAGAAGUGAAGCUUCAAGAGCAAGAAGUGAAGCUUCAGGAGCAAGAAGUGAAGCUUCGAGGGCAAAACAAGAAGGUGGUAAAUGAGGGCCAGCAGAGCGGCCAGCAGGCAGAGAUCACCAGGAUCGAGGUACUGCGCUGCUUCCGACCUGCCCACCCAUUCCAUCAUCCUUGCCUCAUUUUCCCUUCUUCCCUCCUACCCCUCCCCUGCUUUGCAUGUUCUCCUCCCUCUCACCAACGGUGCUUCCCCCUUCCUCUCCCCUUCCUCCAACUGUGCUUCCCCUCUCCACCCCCCCUCAUCCCCCAUCCCCACAGGACCAGCUUUGCUUCUUUUCUGGCGCUGCUGAGCAGGGGGGAACUCGAGCAGUUGCUGGAUGGGUGGCAGCGCAGGUUGCGAGAGAUGAAGAGGGAAGAGCGAGAGCUGAUGAGGGAAGUGCGAAAUGUCGGGGCCACGAACGUGCUGCUAAGGGAGCAGCUCGCUGCUGCUGCUGCUGUUGCCGCGACUGCUACUCCUACUGCUGAUCCUGUUGCUGCUGGUGGUGUAGGGACGAAGGUGAAGGCGCAAAUGGGAAGGAGGUGGGAGAGGGAGAGGAUGGGUCGGACAGAAGGGGUGGUGGGAAGUCUGACGACUAUAAUGGAGGAGGAGGAGGAGAAGGAUGAGGAGGAGGAGGAGAAGAAUGAGGAGGAGGAGGAGGAGGAGGAGGAGGAGGAGGAGGAGGAGGAGGAGGAGGAGGAGGAGGAGGAGGAGGAGGAGGAGGAGGAGGAGGAGGAGGAGGAGGAGGAGGAGCAGAGGGGUGAGGAGUUGGAGGAGCAGAGGGGUGAAGAGUUGGAGGAGCAGAGGGGUGAGGAGUUGCGAAUGGUGGAGAAGCGCCCGAGGAGGGGAGAGGAGUUGGAGGAGGUGAUGGUGCGAGAGGCAAAGAGGAGGGCGAAAAAGGAUGGACUAUCACUGGAGGAAGCAGCAAGGAGGGUGCCAGAGGUGCAAGAAGGGGAGGUGAUGGCAGGGGAACUUGUGAGUGAGAGACUUGUGGGGCAGGAGGAGAGAGUGAUAGAGAGUUUGGCAGGGCAGGAGGAGGGAGUGGGUGAAAGACUGGGGGGCCAGGAGGAGGAGGUAAUGGGUGAAAGACUGGGAGGGCAGGAAGAGGAGGGAGUGAAUGACGAACAAGGGAUGCAGGAAGAGGAGGAGGAGGUAGUGGGUGAAAGACUGGGAGGGCAGGAAGAGGAGGGAAUGAAUGACGGACAAGGGAUGCAGGAAGAGGAGGAGGAGGUAGUGGGUGAAAGACUGGGAGGGCAGGAAGAGGAGGGAAUGAAUGACGGACAAGGGAUGCAGGAAGAGGAAGAGGAGGUAGUGGGUGAAAGAGUGGGAGGGCAGGAAGAGGAGGGAAUGAAUGACGGACAAGGGAUGCAGGAAGAGGAGGAGGAGGUAGUGGGUGAAAGAGUGGGAGGGCAGGAAGAGGAGGGAAUGAAUGACGGACAAGGGAUGCAGGAAGAGGAGGAGGAGGUAGUGGGUGAAAGACUGGGAGGGCAGGAAGAGGAGGGAAUGAAUGACGGACAAGGGAUGCAGGAAGAGGAGGAGGAGGUAGUGGGUGAAAGACUGGGAGGGCAGGAAGAGGAGGGAAUGAAUCACGGACAAGGGAUGCAGGAAGAGGAGGAAGAGGUAGUGGGUGAAAGACUGGGAGGGCAGGAAGAGGAGGGAAUGAAUGACGGACAAGGGAUGCAGGAAGAGGAGGAGGAGGUAGUGGGUGAAAGACUGGGAGGGCAGGAAGAGGGGGGAAUGAAUGACGGGCAAGGGAUGCAGGAAGAGGAGGAGGAGGUUGUGGGUGAAAGACUGGGAGGGCAGGAAGAGGAGGGAGUGAAUGACGGACAAGGGAUGCAGGAAGAGGAGGAGGGAAGGAGUGAGAGACCAAGGAGGCAGGAGGAGGAGGAAGGGGGAAGUGAGAGACUAGGGGGGCAAGAGGAGGAGGAAGAUACGGGGAGCCAGCUGAUAGUGCGCCAGAGACCAAGGGGAGGGGGAGGGACGCGGCUGCAGCUGAGGGAGCAAGGGGGGAGGAGGGAGCGGCGGCCGUUCACCGUGGACGAGGUAGCGUCGCUGGUGGCUGCUGUGGAAAAAAUUGGUCGACAAAGGUGCUCUGUGAGAGCAGCAAGAAGAGCUCGCAGCAGCAGCGCAGAAAAUGGAGGUGAAUCUAGAGGAGCAGCGGGCGAAGGAAGAGGGGCAGCAGGUGGGGCAAACGGGGUUGGGGGUGAAGUGACUGCAGGCAGAGGCGGAGGCCGCAGGGGGGCAGGGGUGGGGCAGGCAGAGGUGGGGCAGGGGGAGGUGGGGCAGGGGGAGGUGGGGCAGGCAGAGGUGGGGCAGGGGGAGGUGGGGCAGGGGGAGGUGGGGCAGGGGGAGGUGGGGCAGGGGGAUGUGGGGCAGGGUGGGGUGGGGCAAGGGGGGGUGGGGCAGGGGGGGGUGGGGCAGGGGGGGGUGGGCCAUGGGGAGGUGGGGCAGGGGGAGGUGGGGCAGGGGGAGGUGGGGCAGGGAGAGGAGGGGCAGGGGGAGGUGGGGCAGGGGGGGGUGGGGCAGGGGGAGGUGGGGCAGGGGGGGGUGGGGCAGGGGGGGGUGGGGCAGGGGGAGGUGGGGCAGGGGGAGGUGGGGCAGGGGGAGGUGGGGCAGGGGGGGGUGGGGCAGAGGGGGGUGGGGCAGGGGGAGGUGGGGCAGGGGGAGGUGGGGCAGGGGGAGGUGGGGCAGGGGGGGGUGGGGCAGGUGGAGGUAAGGCAGGCGGAGGUGGGGCAGGUGAUGCGGAUUAGCGGUGAUGAGGAGGCAAGGCCGCAGCAAGGUGGGGGGGUGAAAUUUGUUGUGGAGGCAGGUCACCAACUGUGUUUGUGGAUAGUGGUGCAAAGCCUGGGUGGUUGCAGAAGGAGAGUGGCAGAGGUGGAGGUGCGGCAGGCGGAGGUGGGGCAGGCGGAGGUGAGGCAGGUGGAGGUGCGGCAGGCGGGUCGGAUCGACUGUGAUGAGGAGGCGAGUCGACAGCAGCAACUGGAGGUUAGUGUUGUUGGGAGCUCUGUGCCUUCCUUCAAGCGCCUCAAGAGCAGCAGGGAGCAGCAGCGUCUGGGCGCCCAACAGCAUCUAGAUGGCCAACUGAGGGGUGCGCCUCAAGAGCAGCAGGGAGCAGCAGCGUUUGGCCGUCCCGCACUGAGCUCAUCCGUGGUCGAAAUAGAGGAUUCUGAGGAUGAAGACAGUGAUGUAGCACUGCAACCUGCAACACAGGAGAAUGCUUCUUCCAACAUUAAUCUUGACCUUGGUCAAGACGAGGAGGUAAAAAGGGCGAUGGACGCGAGAGACGAGGAACGGCGACAAAAGGGUGAGCUGGUGAGGAGAGUAGUGGAGUUGGAGGAGAGGUGGCUAGAGGCGGAAGAGUAUGCUUCUCAACUGGAGGAAGCAGUGAUGAAGGUGCAGGAGGCAAAGAAAGAAGAGGUGGUGGUAGCGGAGAUAGCACCAGAGGGAGUGGCAGAGCAAGGGGAGGAAGUAAAGAGGAUUAUAAAGGGACGAGGCAUUGCAAUUGACGGACGAGCGGGCAAGGAGGGGAGAGGAGUUGGAGGAGCAGAGGGAUGGGGCAUUGUGGUCGGCGGAGCAGCGGGCGAGGGAAGCAGAGGAGUUUAG